AUGACCGAUGGACAGGCCAACGCCUUGCAAGGCUGCUCCAUCACCAUCAGAGCCUGGUUGAAGUCGGAGGAGACGGUGGCGAUGAAAACAAAGAGAGCUGACUUUGCCGCUGCUUUCCUGCGUGGCCGGAUGAUAGUAGCUGGAGGACUUGGUCAUGAGCCCUCAGCCCUGGACACAGUGGAGGCCUUUCAUCCUCAGAGAAAGAAGUGGGAGAGGUUGGCUCCCAUGACCUUUCCCAGAUGCUCCACCACCUCCAUCGUCAUCAGAGACCGCCUCCUGGUGGUGGGAGGAGUCAACCAGGUACACUUCAAUUAA